AUGUCCUUGAAUAUUCUUGUAAUUGGAAAUGGUGGUAGAGAGCACGCCAUAGUUUGGAGGCUAUUGCAAUCUUCAACUGUUAACCACAUUUACGUUGCACCAGGUAAUGGGGGAACUACAACUCAAUCCACUAAAGUCACCAAUGUGCCAAUUGGCUCAUCUAUUAAGGACUUUGAUAAAUUACAAAAGUUUGCACUUGAUAACAAGAUCAAUUUGGUUGUGCCAGGUCCUGAACAGCCUUUAAUUGAUGGUAUUACACAAGUAUUCACAAAUGUUGGUAUUCCUGUUUUCGGUCCUAGUGCCAAAGCUGCUAUAAUGGAAGGAUCCAAAGCAUUUUCCAAGAACUUUAUGAAAAAGCACAAUAUUGCAACGGCAAGGUAUGAGAAUUUUACAAGUUAUGAAGAAGCCAAAAAGCAUGUUGAACAAGUGGAUUACAAGAUUGUAUUAAAAGCGGAUGGAAUUGCCGCAGGGAAAGGGGUAUUGAUACCACAAACCAAAGAAGAGGCUCUUAAAGGCUUGAGUGAAAUCAUGGUUGAAAAGCAUUUUGGAGACGCAGGUAAUGAGAUUGUGAUUGAAGAAUACCUUGAAGGAGAUGAAUUGAGUAUUUUGACAAUUACAGAUGGAUACUCCUUUUAUAAUUUGCCCGCAGCACAAGAUCACAAGAGAAUUGGUGACGGUGAUCAAGGCUUGAAUACCGGAGGCAUGGGUGCUUACGCCCCAGCACCAAUUGCAACAAAGGAGAUACUAGAAAAGAUCAACACCGAAAUCAUCAAGCCAACGAUUGAUGGAAUGAGAAAAGACGGAUUCCCAAUGACGGGUGUUCUUUUUACUGGUAUAAUGUUGACACCAUCAAAAGAACCAAAAGUCUUGGAGUACAAUGUCAGAUUUGGUGAUCCCGAAACACAAACCGUUUUACCAUUAUUAAGCGACGAAACCGAUUUGGCUCAAGUCAUGUUAGCUGCAGCAGAGCAUAGAUUAGAUUCCGUAAAAAUUGCCACCAAGCCAUUGUUUUCAACAACUGUUGUAAUGUCAGCUGGUGGGUACCCUGAAUCAUAUGGUAAAGGAGAUGAAAUUACCAUUCAAAAGCCAUUACCUGAGAGUACUUUCAUUUUCCAUGCAGGUACAAGUGAAAAGGAUGAUGGUAAAAUCGUGACAAGCGGAGGCAGAGUUAUUGCGGCUACUGCAAUUGCUGAUACAUUGAAAGAAUCGGUUAACAAAGCAUAUGUUGGUGUUGACCAUGUCUCAUUCAACAAGAAAUACCACAGAAAAGAUAUUGCCCACAGGGCUUUUCGUGAUGCUGAUAAAUACCAGCACAAGAGCCAAAAAGUUACUUAUGCUGAUGCUGGUGUUUCUGUUGAAAAUGGUAACUUGCUAGUUGAAACAAUCAAGGCCAAGGUAAAGUCGACAUCGAGAUCAGGUGCAGAUUCAGAUAUUGGUGGAUUUGGUGGGUUGUUUGAUUUGAGAGCUGCUGGUUAUGAUGCGGCAGAUACUUUACUAGUUGCUGCUACCGAUGGUGUUGGUACCAAAUUAAGAAUUGCUCAGAUUAUGAAUAUCCACAAUACUGUUGGUAUUGAUUUAGUUGCUAUGAAUGUCAAUGAUUUGGUGGUACAAGGUGCCGAGCCACUAAUGUUCCUUGACUAUUUUGCCACAGGCAAAUUAGAUGUUGAAAUAGCAGCGCAAUUUGUUGAAGGGGUUGCGGAUGGGUGUAUACAAGCUGGUUGUGCAUUAGUUGGUGGGGAAACUUCUGAAAUGCCUGGAAUGUAUGAUGAAGGUCAUUAUGAUACAAAUGGUACUGCUGUUGGUGCGGUUCAUAAUAAAAACAAGUUAUUACCCAAAUUACUGGAAAUGAAGCAAGGUAAUGUUAUUAUUGGAUUAAAAUCAGACGGUAUCCAUUCCAAUGGAUUUUCGUUGGUUCGAAAGAUUAUUGAGAUUAGUGAUUUUGAUUACACGUCAGCAGCACCAUGGAACCCUAGUAGAACAAUUGGUGAAGAAGUAUUAGUGCCUACCAAGAUUUACGUUAAACAGUUAUUGCCAAGUAUUGAGCAAGAUCUUUUACUAGGAUUAGCUCAUAUUACAGGUGGUGGUUUAGUAGAGAACAUACCACGCGCAAUACCCAAAAACUUACAAGCCAAAGUUGAUUUAAGUAAAUGGCAAGUACCUGAAAUCUUUAAAUGGUUUGGUAAACAGGGUAAAGUGCCAUAUGACGAUAUCUUAAAAACUUUCAACUUGGGUAUCGGUAUGGUUUUAAUUGUUGAAGAGGCCAACGUAGAGAAAGUUUUACAGAACUUAGAAGCCUCUGGAGAACAAGGGGCUUUAGUUAUUGGUGAACUAGUGGAGAAGAAGAAGAUGGCAACAACAGAAGAAAAGGGAUGUGUAGUGAUUAAUGUGGAGGGAAUGUACUAA